GGAUAUGUCACCGAGGGAAGGAACUUGUACCUUUCUCGAACGGGCAAGGACAACGGGUCAUGUGAUCAGAAGAAUCCCUGUAAGACUAUUGGAAGGGCUGUUACUUUGGCAACAGAUGAUGAUGAAAUUUACUUAGACGGCACAAACACCGGUAAAAAUCCAUACACGUGUGAUUCAGGAACGUCGCAUCCGGGUAUUUACAUAAAUAAGAGUCUGUCUCUGAUUGGAUUUGGCAAUCCAUUGCCUCGGAUACGAUGCCCUGGUGGAUCAUUUUUGGCAUUCAAUGGCUCUGUUCAUGCCCUACACGAGAUCAGAGCAAACAUAUUAGGUAUUAUCUUCAGCGGAAGUUCUUUGACUUUCCUGGAGUCUUCCGCUUACAUCCAAAAUUGUAAAUUUAAUGACAUACAAGAAGGUGUGAAGUUUACAAUACAUAAAAUGAUAGAUUCGAGCCUUCAUAUCAAAGAUACGAUCUUCUCUGAAAACAUGGCCGGCAUCUCUGUUGACUUGGCUCACACCAAUCAGGAUAUAANGCCUUCAUAUCAAAGAUACGAUCUUCUCUGAAAACAUGGCCGGCAUCUCUGUUGACUUGGCUCACACCAAUCAGGAUAUAAGCUUUGAUUUAACUUUGGAAAAUGUUACCCUUAUUCAUAACCAGUUCAGUUCCAAAGGUCUUAUAUCCCUGAACAUGAAAAAUGGCAACCACAUCAUCCACUUUCAGGAUGUGACAUUUAUUGACAACUGUGCAUCGGGAUGCCAAAAUGAACCAUCUACUGAAUGCAUUGUUCAAAGCACACGGGCUGCUGUGACAAUUUUCAUCGAUUCCAGCCAUUUUCAAGGUCAACAAACAAGGUUA